GCCACAAAGAGUCGGACACAACUGAGCGACAGAGCGCACGGCACAGAGCUCCUGGCAGCUGCUCACCCCCUUUCUGUCUUCAGAUUUGUCUUUCUGGACAUCUCACGUAAUGGACUCAUAACAGCUGAGUAUGUAACUGUGUCUGCCUAGCAGAGUGUUAUCGAGGGUCCUUGUGUUGCAGCGUCUUUUGGGACGUCAUUCCUUUCUGCGGCUGAACCGUUCGCCGUGGUAGGGAUAUACUGCGCUUGUCCGUCAGUCGCUGGACGUUCUGGCUGUCGUGAGCGCUGCUGUGGCCGCUUGUGUUCAAGUGCGCAUAUUGGCGUGUUCGUUUCCAGUCCUCUUGGGCAUGUCCCUCGGAGUGGCAUUGCUGGUAACAACAUUUUGCAGAACCGCUGGGCUGUUUGCCACGGUGUCUGGACAUUCUGCAUUCUCACCAGAGGCCCACAGUGCAGCUUCUGACAGAGUUCGGACUUUUUUUACCAUUGGAUGGUUUCUCUAUUUGGGGUUAUGAGGUCGAGACGGGUGAGACUUUUCGCAGGAGUUUCGGCCUGUGGUGCAGAUUAGCCCCUGGAAAGUGUACCAGACCCUCACUGUGGCCGGCACUGCUGGCCUUCUCGUUAGCUGCUGCUGGCAGCUGUGGGCUGAGCCACAGGGCGCCCGAGCUUUUAAAAAAGUGUGUGUUGAGAUACACCUAACAUGAAACGUGCUCCUGUGAUCGUUUUUCACCUGUGUAGUCAUGUGGCACCCAGGAUACUCUCACUGUCGGGCAGCCAUCACCCCUGUGCCACUCCAGAAGCCAAGGCUUUGGAGAUUUUGUGUGGAAUAGACGUGAGUACAGGGUCCAGCUCUGACCUGGAGCCUGGUGUCCAUCUCAAUUCCCAAGGCUCUUCCUUCUGGAAGCACCCUGUUGGGGGGAGUGAUGGGGUGAAGGCUCCACACUGUCCCCGGGCUGGGCAGUGGCCUGGAAUCCUGACUGGAAUCGGGAGCCCCACACCUGUGUCUGCCUUUCACUCCCCUGCUGGGUGGCUUUGGGAUUCGGAGUUGGGGAUGGCCUGUCUCUUGCAGGUGACUUGCCUACAUACCCUGAGCUACCCCCCAGCCCAAGGACAGGGUCUCCACGUGACUGGUGUCUCCUGGAACUCCACUGGCUCUGUGGUGGCCUGCGCCUAUGGCCGGCUGGAUGAUGGGGACUGGAGCACGCUGAGGUCCUUCGUGUGCGCCUGGAACUUGGACCGGCGAGGCCUGAGCCCCCAGCAGCCGUCGGCGGUGGUGGAGGUGCCCAGCGCUGCCAUGUGCCUGGCCUUCCACCCCACGCGGCCAUCCCACGUGGCAGGUGGACUGUACAGUGGCGAGGUGCUGGUGUGGGACAUGAGCCGCCCCGAGGACCCACUGCUCUGGCGCACGGGCCUGACGGACGACACGCACACGGACCCCGUGUACCAGGUGGUCUGGCUCCCGGAGCCCCGGCACAGCCACCGCUUCCAGGUGCUGAGUGUGGCCGCUGACGGGAAGGUGCUGCUCUGGCAGGGGGUCGGGGCUGGCCGGCUGCAGCUGAGCGCGGGCUUCGCCCUGGCCGUACAGCAGCUCCCCAGGAACACGAAGCUGAAGAAGCCUUCCCGUGGGGAGACUGAGGUGGGCGCCACGGCGGUGUCUUUCUCCAGCUUCGACCCCAGCCUUUUCGUGCUGGGCACAGAAGGCGGCUUCCCGCUCAAGUGCUCCCUGAUGGCAGAGGAUGCUGCUGUCACGCGGAUGCCCAGCUCUGUGCCCCUGCGGGCCCCGGCGCAGUUCACCUUCGCCCCCCACGGUGGCCCAGUCUACUCUGUGAGCUGCUCCCCCUUCCACAGGAAUCUCUUCCUGAGUGCAGGGACGGAUGGCCACGUCCACCUGUACUCCAUGCUGCAGGCCCAGCCCCUGACCUCUUUGCAGCUCUCCCACAAGUACCUGUUUGCUGUGCGCUGGUCCCCGGUGCGCCCCCUGGUGUUUGCGGCUGCUUCUGGGGAAGGUGAUGUGCAGCUGUUUGAUCUGCAGAAAAGCUCCCAGAAGCCCGCGGUUUCAGUCAGGCAAACCGAGGACGAAAGCCCUGUCUACUGUCUUGAAUUCAACUGCCAGCAGACUCAACUCCUGGCUGCUGGUGAUGCCAAGGGCACGGUAAAGGUGUGGCAGCUGAGCAGUGAGUUCACUGAACAGGGAGCCCGGGAGACAGAGCACCUGGACCAGCUGGCCUCGGAGGUGGCCAGUUGAGGUCAGGGAGGCUACCUCUGGGCUGUGUGUUUUUGAUGGAAGCUGAAUGAAGACGACAUGACAAGCUUU